AUGGAUGAAGAUCGGAAACGAGAAAUGGCUGAGAAUAGAGAAAGAAUGACUACUUUACGAAGGAAUAUUGGGAAUUUGAAAGGAGUGACUGCUGAAUUGAGUAGGAAGUUAGAAGAAGAUCUGCUUGAGAUAGAUUAUGCUAAGAAAGAGACUGAAUUAGGAUUAGGAAGAAUUAACCAGACUAUUCUGAGAAUGAAAGAAGUAUCUGGGACUCCGAUUAUGUUUUGGAUGAUAGUGUGUGGUGUGGUGUUUAGUGGCCUUUUACUGCUGAUGUUCUUGUUCCGUACAUAG